UCCCCAAGACGUGAUAUAAAUGACGAUGUAGAGCGAGUGCCUUGCCAGUAGCACUUCCUUCAUCAUGCCGUCGUAUCUUCUUCGAACUCUGCUCUGUCUGGCGUGGGUAUGGCUGCGGCUGCAAGGUUCUGCGGCCACUUGUGCAUCCGACCAGUUUGAGUGCGUCCUCAAUGGUAACUGCAUUCCAUUGAACUGGGUCUGCGAUGUUUCGAAAGAUUGUGCAGAUGGCUCCGAUGAAGCAGCGUGCAAUGAGCCGGCAGCAGGGACACCACUGGGUCUCCCAAUCAACGGCAAUGCGCACUUGCGACUCGAGGUUGAUAUGUUGGCUGGCUACACCUUCACAUCCGGAUAUGUUGUAUCCGUGGCGCUCUGUGGAGGGAACACAUGUUGCGGCCACUGUAUAAGCGGACUCGCAGACAAAGUGCCGUCAUCUAGCUACACAUUCAAGACUGCAGGGAACAACCUUCCACGUUCCGGCACGAGUCAGCAGACGUUUUCAGGAGUGGGGGAGUGGUUGGCAAAGAACAUCAGUUUGGAAGUGGAGAAGCAUGGCCGUUUGCUGGGACUGUGGCCAUCGGGUCGACCGGAGAUGAAGCGCUGGAUUGAAUGCUUCUCUAAUGAGACGCACCUUCUCGUCCAAUCGACUCGCAUGGGUUCGACGAACGCAUGGCUCCCGUCAGGUGAGCCCGCCUUGCUCGGCCCAGUGCUGCAGCCAGGGGAACGGGGUGUGCUGCGGAUGGCGCAAGUAGCAGGUCGAACAAACUUGUGGAGCUAUUUGGUUGUGGGACUUUGCGGCCAGCAAACUUGUGCCACUGUCAGAAUCGCGGCGCCCUACAUCAACGCCACCGGGACGCCAAUGGAUUACGGCACUGUCUUCACUACCACGAAUAACCCCGAGGACUCAUGGAGAACCUUCAUCGACAGCCCCUCGACAUUCUCCACGACACUGUGGUCGGAGAGCGCCUACGACUUUGUGGUGGCGCUGCACCCUGACGGCUUCCUGCAGGUUUGGCAGGAGGCCGAUCGAGACACGGUGGCCGAGGUGCCCGUGCCCGCCGAAGCGGGGGACGCGGCGCCCGUCCUCAAGGUCCUCAGCCCCACCGGCAACGUGGCGUAUACUUCUCAAGGAGUGAACCUUCGUCAUACCUUGCCACCACCUCAGCAGUCUCUGAAGAGCCAUCUGACCGAGGCCCGAGCCGCAGGGUUGAGGUCGCGGAGAGCCGCGUAGAGGAGUUAAUACGAGUUAAUAUCGGAUAGGGUAAGGUUACCCAACAUGGAUCACUUUUUAUUAUUGCCCUGUAUUUCGGCUCAAACAAGCGGUGACCUAAAUUUCCUUCGAUACACUCCAAGAUGACCACAAAGACAACCUCAUCACAGGAACUGAACAUUUCAUAACAAAUACUUCGAAAUGUACGGGGCUUUGAAAUUUCACUGGUUUUGGUGAUCCAUAUUUGGGUCUGACCCUCCCUCGCGCUUUGCCAGGGGCGUUCCGAUAACUUCCGGUCGUCUAAAUUUUGAAAGGGUUCACUCUGAAGGUGCCACGAAAAAAUUUUGAGACAUUUCUGAUGAAUGGAUCGUCUGUAAUAACGAUUUGAAUUUUGACUCCUAACCUCAGCCCUUUUUCACAGGCACAUUUUUAUUUGCAUAUCGUAAGGUUAACUGUAAGAUUGAUCAGCUCCCCCGUGCGUGAUUCCUGUAGUCUAAAUUGUUGACCAAAUGAAAAACUUUGAAAAAAUUAAAUUUGUCGAUUGGUUUGGCGUUACGAGCUCGCCUACAAAACUGAUCCAUGAUUGGUACCCCGAUCCAUGUUCGGCACUUUGCCCUACGAUUUUCUUUUUCGUUACUACUGAUGCAUUUGACUGAUGUCUACAUGCAUGCCUGAAAAUGUUAAAUGGUGUUUCAUUUUAGUGUUUCUUGGGAAACGUUCAUUGUUUCUCUUGAUAGAUGAUUAAAAUUGAAAAUAUUUUGUUUGUAAGCUGCAAGAGUAUGUCAGAUUAUGAUUAAAAAGUCAUUUAUCAAUACUUAUAAAUUUGUUUUAAACCCUGUUGAUGAACCCAAACGUCAAUGCGUUACCGACGAAAUUGGUACGAGUCUGAUCAUGUCAACACUGAGUUUGAAAUAAAGAAUUUUUAAAUACGUA